AUGGAAGGAGGGAAUGAAAGAAAGCUAGAUGAAGUUUUUGGCGUUGAAGACUGGGGAGAACAUGGGAAUAUUGAUUCCCUUGGUCCUGAGGAUGGUUCUCCUCUAAAUGAGUUGAUGGAAGGAUUAAUUUUCUGUGAAGAUCAGCAGCUCCAAUCAUUUUCAGAUGAUGUGUUUCUUGAUAAUCUAAGGUUUGAUGCUCUUUCUCCUUCAAUUGAAGCAUGGCUGGAGGAGAUUGCAAACCUUGGUGAGAUCCCUGCUGGAAUUCAAGAUACUGGUGAACACAAUGAUGAAGAGAAUCAUCCACAUGCUACAACAUCAGUUGAGUUGCUUAAGAGUUUUGGUAGUCAUUUCAAACUAUUAAAUGGAGCCACAAUAAUUGAGCCAACAAGUGAAUCAAUAUACAUGAAGGAGCCAACCAUUGGACUAUCAACUGAAGAAAUCAUAAGGGUUGCUGGAAAAAGGUUCAUUCAAUCUUAUUCCCGGACAGUUGAUAUUAUGCCCAUACUUAGCAAUCCUUUUGAUCUGUCAUUAUCUGGACUUUCAAGUGGGGAAAUAGAAAAUAUAGAUCUUGUUUAUAUGCUUUUAGCUUCUGCAGAGAAAGUGAGCAAUCACGAAUAUGAGCAUGCCAGUAAACUGCUCAGUCAAUGCGAUCAUUUGUCUUCCCGCACGGGAAAUUCGGUUGAAAGGGUAGUUUAUUAUUUUUCUGAAGCUCUUCAGGAGAAGAUUAAUCAAUCGUGA